GCCGCUCCCGCGACUUGACCGGAGUUCAGAAGAGCCGGCGGAGAGCGCGGGCUGCGUGCACGGCCCGGCUGGCGUUGCCGUGACCGAUGGUUGUGGGGCCCGAUCCCCGGAGCGACCCCUCGUGAAGCUGCCGGGGGCAGGGUGGGUGAUUUCUUACCCGGCGACGGGGCGUCUGGCCUGCGGCGGGAGGGGAGGGAGGCCGAGUGGCUGGUGCACCUGCCUCUCAGGCUGUGGCCUCUCACCCCGGCUGGGUCCCCCCCCCCCCCCCGAGUCUCAGAACACAGUUCUUCCUGUGUGCACUCUGGUGGCCGUGGAGGUGGCCCGAGGUGCAGCGGUUUAUAAAUACACGUUUUAGGGCAGUUGUUUUAAAAUCCUUUGUUUUACGCACCGUCACAAGCACCAAACUUCUCUCUGAGACUGUUUCCAGAAGCUGCCGGGUUUUUGCCUUUCGUGCAGGAAGCGACCUCGGGUCACUACUGCAUGUACCUCGUGUGGCUUGGGUAGAGGUGAGCCCUCGUGCCCUUACUGUCCACGUACCGAGGUCUCGCAGGAAGGGCAGCCGGGGCCAACCCUGCGCUCCCGGAGCCGGGCCCCUGAACCUGCAGCCCAGGUCUACGCGCCGCCUCUCGAGGCGGGGGGGGGGACACUCCUGCUUUCCGUCAGCCGGCGGAGACUUCCUGCGGGGCGGCUGCCUGAACAGGGGGCAGGAGCCAAGACCUGGUCCGCCCAAGGCUGUGGGGGGUCGUGUCUUCGAGCGCGGGGCCGUGGAGCAGUGUCUGCUCCUGCCUGGGGCUUGUUCACCUGGCCCGGGGUCUCUGGCUUCUGGAGGGUGCCAGUCCAGGCCCCCGGAGCCCUGGGGGUUGAGAGGGAAGCCCCCCCCCCCCCCCCAGUCAGGGCGUCUCCUUGAGUCACCUGCUCGGCUCCGCCGAGGCCUUUGCGAGGUGGACAGAACCUGGGGCCCCUGGUUCUGAGGCUCUCAUUUCCAGAGGAAGAGCGUAAGGCCCACAGAGAGAAGAGCUUUGCUGGGUUUUUCUCCAGAUCCAGUUUCCAAGCCCUUCUGUUCGGGUGACUGUGCCCAGGUUAUGACGACUAAUCCCAAACCAAACAAGGCAUUAAAGGUCAAGAAGGAGGCGGGCGAGAACGCCCCGGUGCUCAGCGAUGACGAGCUGGUGUCCAUGUCGGUGCGGGAGCUGAACCAGCACCUGCGGGGCCUCACCAAGGAGGAGGUGGCCCGCCUGAAGCAGCGCCGGCGCACGCUCAAGAACCGCGGCUACGCGGCCAGCUGCCGCAUCAAGCGCGUGACGCAGAAGGAGGAGCUGGAGCGGCAGCGGGUGGAGCUGCAGCAGGAGGUGGAGAAGCUGGCGCGGGAGAACAGCAGCAUGAGGCUGGAGCUCGACGCGCUGCGCUCCAAGUACGAGGCCCUGCAGACCUUCGCCCGCACCGUGGCCCGCGGGCCCGUCGCCCCCACCAAGGUGGCCACCACCAGCGUCAUCACCAUCGUCAAGUCCGCCGACGUCUCCUCCGCCUCCGUGCCCUUCUCGGCCGCCUCCUAGUGGCCCGCCGCCGGGAGGGGGGCGGGCGGGG